AAGCAGUUCUUGCAUGUUCAACACCGCUGAUAUAAAAAGCGCAUCAGACUCGUAAAGUUGUGUCAUUAUUAUUUUUUCUUUUCUCUCUGGUUCCAACCAUUUGGAUUUAAGGCGGCGAGGACAGGGGUUUAUUUCCUUCGGAGAAUGUUUCUUUGUUUUCUAGGGUUUUGAAUCUUCAGAUAAUUUUCACAAGAAGAAGAAAAAAAAUGGGUCCUCUUGUCGGAGCGACCGAACUGUCGAAAGCACUCCUCGAGGCUGGAAAUAAUCUUCUCAAACCUCAUUCCUCUACCGAUGCGAUUCUCAGUCUUCUCGAUGAAAUCGAGUCUCUUCUCUCUACUGUCGAGCAAGAUCCUAUUGCAGCAGUGAAUAAUGCCCUGAUUCCAUCAAUGAAUGCUUUGGUCUCUGCUGAACUCUUGAGAAACCCUGACUCUGAUGUUAGGGUUUUCGUUGUCUCGUGCUUAACCGAGAUUAUGAGGAUUACUGCCCCAGAGGCCCCUUAUAACGAUGACCAAAUGAAGGAAAUUUUCGAGGUGACAGUUGAAGCCUUCGGAAAACUACAAGAUGCCACCUCUCGCAGUUACAGGAAAGCCGAGGCUGUUCUUGACACUGUUUCUAAGGUCAGAUCAUCCUUGGUGAUGUUGGACUUGGAGUGCGAUGACCUUAUUCUAGCGAUGUUUCGGCAGUUCUUGAAAAUCAUAAGCCCGCUUCAUCCUCAACCGGUGAUUCUUUCAAUGGAAAACAUAAUGAUCACUGUGAUAGAUGAAAGUGAAGAAGUAUCCAUGGAUUUGCUUGAGCUUCUCUUGACCACUGUCAAAAAAGGAAGACGGGAUGUCACGCCAAUAGCUUUGGAGCUUGUGGAGAAGGUUCUCAGUAGUUGCGCCUGUAAGCUUCAACCGUGCAUCAUGGAAGCUUUGAAGUCCACAGGGACCAGCUUGGACAUGUAUUCUCCAGUUGUUUUGUCAAUAUGCCAAAGCGAAGCUGCCACUACUGAAGCACAGAUCGAGGUGAAUCCCAAAGAAACUGAGGCAGAUGAAAAGAUAUCAGAAGAAAAAGUUCCAAGUGAUUCAUUGCAGGAAAAACUUGAUUUGAGGAUUUCUGGCAAGGGGAGUAGGUCCAAGAGAACAGCAAGAGGAGGAACUCGAGCCAAUGGAGAUGACACAGUAACAAAUGGAAACGAUUUGAAACAACUUUUGAAGCAAGGGCAGUCUUCAAGUACAGAUGCAGAGACCGAAUCAGGGUUUACAAAGAGAGGCCGGAAACCCAAUUCUCUGAUGAAUCCUGAGGAAGGCUAUUCAUUUAAGACGUCUUCAAGCAAGAAGGUGCAGGAAAAAGAACUUGGGGAUUCGUCACUUGGAAAGCUGGCUGCCAAGAAAGCAUCUUUGCCUAGUAAAGUUGGUCAAACGAAUCAGUCCGUUGUCAUUUCUCUCUCACCCUCUAGUAAGGCUAGGAAGGGGUCACGUAAACGAAGCAGGAGUAAGAUGGACGAUACAAAUCUUGAUGCAGAUUCUUUAGCUACACCAGCAUCUAAAAAACAGGUUGUGAAGAAAGUUCGUAUUGAAGAAGAAGAUUUUAUGGAAUCUGACCUUGAAAAGCCCGAAGAUAACAUUAAGACUGCCAAAUCAAGUAAAAAGGAGAGAGCAGAUAAUGGUUUAGCGAAGACAUCUGCAAAGAAGCUACUCGCAGAAUCUAAUAAGGAGAGUGCAAAGAAUGGAUUGGCGAAGACAUCUGCAAAGAAGCCACUCGCAGAAUCUAAAAAGGAGAGAGCACAUAAUGGUUUAGCGAAAACAUCUGCAAAGAAGCCACUUGCAGAAUCUAAGACGGUAAAGACUAGUGGAAAGAAAUCACUCCAUUCAGAUGUUAAGAAAAAGAAUUCAGAAGGUGCAGGCACGGAUACGCCUAUUCCCCAGUCAUCAAAGAGCAAGAAGAAGAAUUCUCAUGCAACAACACCUUCGGCCAAAGAAUCUGAACAAACUCCCAAGAGCCAAUCCAAGAGGAAACGAACACCUGGAGAGGAAGUGGAGUCCAAUAAGAGUGAGUUUGGUGAGGAAUUGGUUGGUAAGAGAGUUAACGUCUGGUGGCCACUCGAUAAAAAGUUUUAUGAAGGCGUCAUAGAUUCCUAUGAUAGUCGUAAGAAGACGCAUAAAGUAUGUUAUUCUGAUGGGGAUGCUGAAAAUCUUAAUCUGAAAAAAGAACGUUGGGAGAUACUCCAGGAUAACUCUUCAGCUAGUGAGGAUGAGGAGAUUGAUCUGCCUGAUUCUACUCCUUUAUCUGACUUAAUACGAAGGCAGAGAGCCAAUAAGAGCAAACAUAGGAAUGUGGAAAUGAGCAGUUCUCCAGACGUCGGAUCCUCUAUGGGAGCAACGAAGAAGAAAAACUCGGUAACAAACUCUACUAAGCAAGCGAAAAAAAACAAGGGUGCGCUAAAGAGGGCUGUAAGCAAUGAGAAAAGGCAGAAGGCGGCUCGAGCUAUGCACCGGGAAAGUGAAAAAGAUUGUGAUGAGAAGGAAGAAGCUGAAACCAAGGGUGAAGACGGUCUAAAAUUUGGGAAAGAAUCAGAUGCAGAGCCUGAAUGCAAGAGAGAUCACCAUGAACUGUCUGAAGAUCCAAUUGCAGAAAUCGAAACUGAUGGAGAAGAGCUAAAGUCUACAAACAAGCCAGAUGCAGAACUAGAAACUGAACAAGAGGUAGCAAAAGAGCCUACUGCCGAACCCAAAACUGAUGGAGAAGAGCACAAGUCAGUGAGAGAGCCCAGUGCAGUACCCGAAACUGAGGUACAAGAGCGUGAGUCAGCAGAAGAGCCAACUGCAGACACAACAUUGAUUGAGAAGGAGGCUAUGUCUGAGGAGAACGAGAGUGACAGAGACGCAUACACAAGCGUGCCUGAGACUGGUAGAGUAGAAAACGAGGCUGAAGAAGAUGAUGAUCAGAGAGUAACCAAGGAACUGGAAGGAGAGACUCAUAAGGCAGAAGUGGGUACUACUACUUCUGUUUCAGGUUGAUGAUCCAUCAUGGUUAGGUGAUGUUAAUUCAGGAAAAAAAGGAUUGGUUAUUGUGGUUUAGGUAACUUAUGUGUUUAGUGAAGCUGCUUGUUUAGAGACUUAUGGUGUUAUUGUUAGUAGAUUCUUCUGACGUAUGUCUUGUUAUGGAACUAGUUUGAUCUGAUGUCACCUGGCUCUAGUAACAUAUAUUAUGUCUGUGCAUGAAUAAUUGCGAUCAUACACAAACACAGUGAUCGUGUCGUGCGUGUAGUCUUUUCAGCAUUUCCGGUAUUGGACAUAUAAUCUACAACUUACAGA